AUGUCAACAACUGAAGCCCCGACCCUACAAAACCGUCGCCUGAGACUUCGCAAUGCCCGAACAAACCCUAGCACACUGCCACCCAACUCGAGCUACUGUACACAUCGGGGAAUGGUGACGAGUCCUAUCGAUAGAAAGCCCUCGUUUCCGGAGGAUAAUGGGUGGGAGACGGAGGAUCAGGGAGGGGAGGAGGAGGAGAAGGAGGAGGAGGAGGAGGAAGGUGGUGAUGACAGCAAUGGCGGUGAGGCGGAUAGGAAGUGUAGGAAUAGGGUUUCGUCUUCUUCGUUGUUGAGUGAUGGGUCGACGUUGAUUGGUGGCGAAGUGGAUGAUUGUGGCAACAGGGAGGGGGGGGGCGGUGAAGAUGAAGGGAAGGAUACAACGGGAGCGAGUGGGGGAAGGAGGAGCAGUAAUCGAAGAUCCCCCUCACCGCUAUUCUCAUCGGUGAGCCCUGUUCGCGCUAUGACCAGCCCCAUCCCCGUGCGCCCAAUGUCCAUGAUUUCGACCCCGAGUCCAUACACCUACGCCUCGACCGCCCACCACCGCCGGAACCGCUCGAACGGCGGGGUCGGCAGCGGAGACUCGUCGGGGAGUUCGGCCCGCUACAUCGACUACCUCGAGCGUCAGAUAGCCGAUACGGUCUCGCAGCUCCAGAGUUACACAUCUCCGACCGACGGCACCAGCCACGCCGUCAAGAUGCGCAAGCUGACGGCCGAGACCCGACUUCUCCGUAGUGAGCUGACGGACUGGGAGAAUAAGUUUUCCGCGCGCGUGAAGGAGGAGGUCAACGCUCGCGCUGCUGUUGAUAAAUCCCUGCGCGCAAAGAUCAAGAACUUGGAGAUUAAGCUUGAGGAGGCUGAGUACAGGUAUAAGACUGCUGAGGUGGACCUUGAGGAGGCCAGGGCUGUGAUCUCCGAUUUGAAGGGGGUGGAGGAGGAAAACCGGAUGUUGGAGUUUAGGAUCGAGGCUCUCAGUGAGCUUUUGGCGGACUCGACGAGGCUGGCGCAAAGUUUCGGGGUUGGUAGGGGUGGUUUUUCCUCCGCGGGAUCGAGUGGGCCUGGUUCUGUUGUGUUUUCAAAGAGGAGGAGUAGUAGUCUCGGGUCGCCCUCGCCGUCUCCGCCGAGGGCACAGCUGAGAUGUGCCACCGCUGCUGCUGCUGCUAUUACUCCCGGUGGGGAGAAUACACCCGUGGAAAGUCGUAGUCGGAGGGCGAGUCGUGAGGGGAGUACCUGCGUGCUGGAAGACUACGGAAUUACCGAUCCAAUUGAAGCCGUGCUCUGCAGUAUGCCCGAACUGACUGCGGCGGGGGAAGGAGGAGUAGGACGGGGGUUCGGAUGCUCGGAGGAAUACGAAACGGAAUUGAAUCCCAACACAGCACUAGUCCGAGCAUCCCCUCAUCCUCCACCCGCAGUCCUACGAAACCGCAGAAUGCGCCGCUUCCCCUCCGGUUCCUCCGCUCCAAAAACUCUAAUCCUCCCAUCCGCCGCUGCUGUGACCGCAACUAGCACCACUGGCACCACCAUCACAUCCCCGCCCCCCCCAACAAUCUCAGACCCUGCAUCCGCAAUUUUCUCUCCUCUCUCCCGCCCGCCUUCAUCCUCCUCUUCCUCUUCUUCCUGCUGCGCGCCUCCCCGACAGGCGCCAAAAGCCGCAACCCCGCAAACCUCCCUCUUUGCAGAACUGGCCCGAGCCCAAGACUCUGGUGAAGACUCAGAGGAAGGAGGCACAGAAGCAGAUCUCGACGGUGAUGACGGCGAUGACGCCACCGCCGCCUCCAUCCCCGAAGGACUAGCCAACCCAACCCCCCUCGAUGUCAAGGCCAUCAGUAAAGUCGGUGAAUCCUUCGUCUCACCGCAGGGCACCUUCUUCAGCGCGAAGCGCAAAGCAAUGGACAUUCUGGGCGGGGUAGUCGGCAAUCGCGUUUCCCGCCCUUAUCACCACCACCACAACCACCACCACCAGAGCCGCCAGUUACCAUCACCAAAGCCACCCUCCUCAUCAUCGCCAUCGUCAAGGCACCAAGCGGGAAAAGUAUCGGGCGAAAACAAAAAGAAAAACCCCUUCCCCAAAACCGCCACUACCUGCGCAUAUUGCCACUGCCACCAACAACCCUCCACCGCUAUCACCGCGCCAAAGGCGGUAGCGCUAGCUAGACCAAGGUCCACAUCCGCACCACUAGUCUUCCCCCAACCCGUCGAGGAAGCCGUCGAGCAUGUGUGGCUGUGGGUCCGCUUCAUGGUCGCGCUAGUCGUUGCGCUGGGGGUUGCGGUGCGAGAGGGACCAGGCGUGGUUGUCGCGGUGGAUGGGGUCGGGAGUGUUGGCGGUGGCACUAGCGUUGGAGAUGGUGGGGGAUUCGACGGCGUGGGAGAGGAGGAGAGGAGUCUUGCUAUUAGGAAGUUGCAGGAGGGUGCUGUGGGUGGUGGGGCGGCGGAGGGUAGAGGGAGGAGGGGGAGGAGGAGGGUAGGGUUUGGGUGGGGGGAGCAGAGGGUUAGGGUUUGGGAGAGGCCUGGGAGUAGG